AUGAUAUCCGUGGCAUAUCUUUUUUCCGCCCUUCUCGUGUUCUCUAGCCUCAUCGGCUCAGAGGCAAAUCCGAUUUCAGUGUAUUCAAAUGUUUUGGACAACGAUGAAGAAGGCCUCAAAGAGGCCGCAGCAGAUGUCGAGUCCGAAAGACAAUUAGUGAAUAUCUACUCGGCUAAUAUUCAUCCUAUGUACUCUGCGGAUGACAGUGUUCUAGCUGCAGCUCGCAGUUGGGAACGUCGUCCAUAUCGUCCGCGACCAUGGCCCCAACCACGACCAUGGCCCCGUCCCGGACCAAUACGUCCCGGACCAUGGCGUCCUUUUCGUUUUUGA